AUGGCGUUCCUACUAUGGAUAUCUGCGCUCGCUAUUCUAGCGCCCCCUGUACGCUUGCAAGGUAAUGGGGCACGUGAGAGUGGUGCGGCGCAACCUUCCCUUGCAAUCGCGCUGUCUAUGCGCUCGCGUGCGAUUCAAGACAGUCGAUGCUACCUGAUGAACGGCGGGGCAGUCGAGAGCUUUUUCAUAAGCGAAGACACGCCGGUUGGCAGUGUAAUCGGUACGCUAAGCGUGAACGGCGACCCAAGCCCGACGGGCGACAUCUCGCUAUCGGUACAGGAGCGGGAGGCUGCGCUUCGCAUCCCGGCUGGCAGCAAGAACCUCACGCUCGCACGCGCGCUGGACCGCGAGCAGCGCGCCGGCCCCGCCAGCCUUUACGUCAACGUGCGCUGCGACAGACGCGGCACCACUGAUCCCAGCUUCAUAAUCCCGGUGUCGGUACGCGUGUGGGAUGUAAACGACAACGCGCCGGAGUGGAUCGGGGCGCCGUACGAGGCGCGCGUGUCGGAGCUGGCGAGCGUCGGCAGCCGCGUGCUGGCGGCGCCGGCGCGCGACGCGGAUCAGCCCGGCCCGCACGCCACCGUGCACUACGUAGUGCUGCCCGGCCCGCACAGCGAGUUCAUCGGGUUCGCGAACGAACUGGACAGUACAUUAGUGGUGAAGAAGCCACUGGACUAUGAGAAAGUGCGCAACUUCACACUAACGCUGCGCGCGCAAGAUGCAGGCACGCCACCGCGGUACAGCGACACGCAGCUGACUGUACGUGUACUCGACGCAGACGACCAGAACCCCAAGUUCACGCACGACCACUACACCGCACUUGUACCAGACGACGUCCAAGAGGGUACAAUACUGAAGACAUCGCCGGGUCCAAUAGCGGCCGCGGACCAGGACGUGGGCAUCAACGCCCCGCUGUACUACUCGGUGGCGAGCGAGGCGGGCGGCGCGGCGCUGGUGCGCGUGGAGCGCGAGUCGGGCCGCGUGGCCGCCGCCGCCGCGCUGCACCUAGCCGACCUGCCCGCCACCAUCGUCAUCAAGGCGACGCAGGUGGACAACGCAGACCGCUACGCGCUCGCGGCGCUGGAGCUGUCGCGGGCGGCGCCGCGGCGAGUGCGCUUCCUGCGGCGCGCGUACUCGGCGCGCGUGCGCGAGGACGCCGCGCCCGGCGCGCUGCUGCUGGCGCUGCACACCACGCCGCCGCAGACUCCUCUUCAGUUCUACGUAUCAGACAAAAGUUUUCUGGACAAGUUUGCAAUUAACAGUGCCGGUGAAGUGUUGUUGAAAAAGUCGCUCGAUUACGAAACAACGGACUCCUACAACUACCAGGUUAUGGUUACCGACGGAGUUAGUAACGAUACGGCAGCAGUGAACAUAACUGUGCUGAACGUCAACGAGUGGGAGCCGCGAUUCCGUUUCCCGCACUAUGAGUUUCAACUGGACACAGAUGCUAUGGAGGAUGAGAGUGGCGAUGUAGCCGCGAGCGGGCUGGUGGCGGUGGGGCAGCUGGAGGUGCACGACGGCGACCGCGCCGACUCCGUCUCGCUCACACUCCACGGCACGCACGCUCCGUUGUUCUACAUAAACGACUCGGGCGAGAUGUUUCUACGACGAGAAGCAUUAGCAACAAUGAAUUCAUCGGUUCUGCACGUCGUAGCUACUGCUAUAGACUCCGGCGAUCCACCAAGACAGACGUCGGUGCCGGUGUCAGUGCGUGUGGUGGGGCGCGGGUGGGGUGCGAUGGGGGGCGCGCAGGACGGCUUCGUGGGGCCGCGGGGCGUGGCGCUGGGCGCGCUGGGCGCCGCGCUAGCGCUGCUGGCGCUGUUCGUGCUGGUGCUGCUCCUCUACAUCUGCCGCAGGCGAAGACGGCGAAGUAAAAACGACAGCGCUUCUGCUCUCACCCUGCCACCGGAGGAGCCCCCUAGUACGAUGGGUGUAGGGAGUGUGGGCAGCACAGGAGGAGGGAGGAAUGCGGGGAGUGCGGGGAGUGCGGGGAGUGCGGGGGAGGCGGCGGCGGGCGGCGCGCGCGCCGAGUCGCCGCGCAGCGUGUCGGCCGGCGCCAGCACCAUCCUGGCCGGCUCCACCGCCAGCCUGGACCCCGCCGACACUGGUCACUACCCACCUCACGUUUUAUUUAUAAACUAUAACGGUGAUAAACGAACACGCAGUCCACCUGAUGGUGUGCCAGUGAAUAGGCAAUCACAACGAUUCCCUGCCAAAAGCAAAGUGGCGCCCGCGCCACCCGUACUGACAAACGGCACGGCGCUGAUGAGCGACCACCUGCACGCGCGCGGCGCCGGACGCUCCGGCGUGGCCUGGCCCAGCGCCACCAUUCCGGCGCGCGUCAAGAAGCUCAGCUGGGAUGACGCACAGGGCAGUGCUGAGAGGGUCGAAGUGAACGAGGCGACCAACUCGGCGGUCGCCGAGAACAUGAACCUCACGGUCUACUUUUGA